UGCAACAAUGCAUGACAAAGCGGAAUCUAUUACAAUUCAUUUAUGUCGGGCCAACUACCUGCAAAAAUUUGUAUGGUUUCGGGAAAGCAUUGCAUAUUCUAGUUAUUUUAAUUGCUUACACAUGGAUUAUAAGGCGAAAAGAAACAAAAGGGCACAAAUAAACGCUGCUUCAGACAAGUCACCAAAAGCUGCCGGCCAAAAUAAUUACCAACACAACGGAUUCAAACAAGACAUGAAUAUCUCACCAAAGCAAAAUACUGUCAACCAUUCCGCCGGUACUACUUUUCAAACCGGCGAGUGUAUUGCUUGCCGUAAGACAUCAAUAUGUGUAUGUGAACGGUGUGGAGAUUUUUACUGCUCACCGGAUUGCCAAAAGAAAGAUUGGCAAAGCCAUAGAUAUAUAUGCUUCCCAAUGCCAAAGUUGGUUCAACCAACAUCAGUCUUGUCAACUGACGCUGUGUAUCCUGCUAAUGCGCCAUUAUUAACCGUUAACCAAAUUUCGCACGCCAAUCCAACCAAUAAUAUUCAACGUACUCAACAACAAGCACAAAAUUCUCGAAAUAAUUCUCAACAAAAUCAUAGCUUGAUGGGGCAUCCACCAAUCUCUGAUACCAAUGGACAACAUCAACAAACAAAUAUUAAGGUCCCACAGAAGGCUAAUAAUAAAGAUGCAAAACAAGCGAUCAAAACCACAACAGCUACUGUACCAACGGUAGACCUACCCAAGCCCAAUAGUCAUGUAACUUUGACCGGCUUUCGAACACCAAACCGUUGUUAUGUGCGCGCUGUCAAUCCGUCCGUUGACGAUGACUCCAUGUUGAAUGCACGAAAAAUUGAUGUUUAUGGAAAAGUUGCUAAACCUCUUGGUGCAAUGCCCAAGCUGCACAGUUAUGCCAUAGCACCUUAUAACGGUGUUAUGCAUCGUGUAGAAGUGUUAUUUGUUCGUAACCCCGCCAACAUUCGUGUGCUCUUUAUUGAUCGCGGUGUAAUUGCUAAUCGAAAUCUAAGGGAUUUGCGUGAAAUUUCCGAUGAAAUUAUAUCGCUUAAACAAUAUACAUGUUUGAUACAAUUGCGCAAUGUGUCCAAUUAUGUGUUGAGUGAGAAGAUGACAAAACAUUUUGCCCGUUACGAGGACCAAGACUUCAAAAUAAAAUAUGAUCGCGUCGAAAACGGUGUGGAGCUAUUGCAUUGGCAAAAUGAAAAAUCAUUAAAUGAUGAAGUUGAGCAAUUUUGCAAGGAAUCAGGUGCUGAGGUUUGGUCUGAUGCUAUACGCGGUAGACAGAAUGCUGCUAAUAAGAAUACUAAUGCUAAUGCCAAUAAUGCUAAACAACAAAAUUCAGUAGGCGACAGCCAAAAUGUGGACGAGCCACACGAUGACCAAUUCUAUGCGCUUGAACCAGGCUCGUCUGCGGGAAAUUCACAUGUAAGUGUGCAACAGAAGCAACCACAAGAACAUAAUAAUGGUAUAAAGGAAGAGAAGAAGAAGGAAAGUGUCGUUGAAGUAGAACAUCCGACGAUGAGAGCGCCUUUCGAAAUUAAUUACUUCAAAGUGGAUUGUGCCCCUUUCAAGGCUGUUGUGCUUGAUGUUUCCUGCUUAGAAAUCGGUUAUUUGGGCUGUAUCGCUCAGGAUGAUUUGGAAUGUCUACAGAUUGUGCAUAAGCAGUUAGAGUCCAUAACUGUACCUGAUAAACCUUAUAAGCCGCAAUUGGAAGAGUAUUGCAUUGCAAAAUUUGAAGGAAUGUGGUAUCGUGCUCAGGUAAUCGAUAUACCUAAUGAUUCCGAGUACACCGUGAUGUAUAUCGACUUUACGAACGAGGCAACUUUGACCAGCGCCGAUAUACGCCACUUUCCUGCAAGCGUAACAGGGGCGUGCAAAACAAGUCUAUGUUUAAUUGAUGGCUUGCCAACAGAUUUGAGUGCUGAGCUUAUAAGAUUUUUGAACGAAGAAAUUCAACUGCAAACUGUCAUUACCAUUGAUCGUGUGAAGAAUAUCGAUGAGCAAGUAGUAGUUGUCGAAUGUAAGAGUCUUUUGGACAAAAUACGAAAAAAUAAUUUGCUUACUUAAAUUCUAUAAAUGUUCAGUUAUCGCUGGGACGAUAUAUAAUCUAAGUAAAGAUUCUUACUAUAAAAUUGUUUAGCCUCCCACUAUUAUGAACACUCGCUUCGAGAAAUACAAUACAUAAUUUUACAUGGAAGUUAAUAUACUUCCCCUAUCUUACAGAAACAGGUACAAAAAUGUUUCGAAAUCAGUUGCAACACCGCAUAAUUGUUAUAAAUCCUUCUACUUUGAUUAUAGCGAGUAUAUUUUUAUACAUUAAACCCACUUUUUUAUAUUUUACAUUAUAUUAUUCUACAUGACACAUGCAACGCGCGUGGCCGCUCCAAUACGAGUUUAGGACUUUUCUAUCUCAAUCCUUAUAUAACACACAUCGGUAGAUCCGUGAAACUGGAGCCUUUGGUCACUUUUGAUCUGCAUCCUUUGAAUGUUUUGGUUUCGAAGAAAUUUUUUUCCUUAGCUACUUAAAUUUUGAGAUGUAGCAUUUUUAUCAUGCAUACAAAUUUUUAAAUGAAAACAUAUAUAUUAAGGGGUAGUACAGUUAUCCCUCUCCGGAAAGAAAAAGCACAGUACCAUCACGCUUUUUCUUUCAUAUUAUCGAUUUUUAUACCAUUUAUUCAAUGUAAUAUUUUUAAGAAUAUUGCAUGCAACUAAAGAUUACCGAACUUUUCGGAAAUAGAUUUCGGGUCUCCGCAAAUCGUUAUAUUACUCUAAAUCUGAAAUUCAUGUUCGUUCAAUGGAAUUUCAACUACUGAAAAUUUAGAUGUUAUUUCACUUAUGAAGUUCGCUAAAGAAAGCAAACAAAUGCAAUUUAAUGCCCCUAUUAUGUGUGGUAUAAUAUAUAAGGGCUAUUCUACUAGCCCUGGCAACUAUAACAGUAAUUCAUAUUAUGUAUGACAAUCUUGUCUACACAAUCCAAAAUGUAGUACACGAUUGCUAAAAGUCUUCCGUUUUCAAGGGCCCCAUUCCUUCUUGUCAGAGCAACGCAGAAGGGAGCACCACUGAUCUAACCCAUUACCUUCUUACUCCAACAACGCAGAAGGAUACAUUACUGACCUAACCUACUGUGGUUGCUUAGGGUUUAACACUUUGUGACGUCGUCCACUCAGCUAAUUUGCAAAAGAUGUACGUGCGUUGCUUUUCGGUGUUUUCGACCUUCUGUUAGCAUUCCCUGUUACGCUGUUACGUGUUGACUAUGUUGAUAGAAACUUCCAAAAAGUCGUCGUUCUGUGGUGUAGAGAUAUUUCUGAUUAGUGAUGAAAUCUCUCGUGCAUAUCUUAAUCCUAUGUACAUCUUUGGUAAACCGGUUGCAAUGGUAACAGCCGAAUUUAUGGUACAACAUUCAUGUGCGAAUUCAUACAUCGCUAGUAGAGCUAUGAAGAUGUCAAUACACCAAAUACAACGUCAUCUUAUUAUGUUGCAGUGUUAAACUUUAGGGUUUUGAACAAUUUUGUUUUUAUUUCCGCGACAUAAAAUAUUCUCCAAAUAGUUUUGGGGAGUCUUGUUGAGGUCCAGUAGUUUCGCUGCUGGACUUUCUGCUAGCAUAAGUCCUUGAAAAACUACUGAUUCUCAAUCCCAGCUCUUCUAGUGGCUGCCUUUCUCAUUUCGGUCUCCUUUUUUGGUUUAUCACUAACAGCAAUCAGACAAUGCUGUUCUUGCCUUUUUCUAGUUCAUCUGCAGAUUUCAAAGCACUUGUUGCUAACUUAUGUUAACUCAUAUCGCCAUGAAUUUAUUAGGUUAUGUUCUGGCGGAAGCAAAAAUUAUAUUGUAAGAAAUGAAAUCGUAAUAAUAUACAAAAACGUUACUAAUGUAACACAUAUUCAUGUAAAACAAACAGAUUGUGAACUAUUUGAUAUUUGAAUUCAAAAUUAAGAGAUAAAAUCAAAAAUAUUGUAAUAAAGAUGAAAUGUUUGGUUACAAAAUU